AGUUAUAUUUGUAGUAUAGCUACCACUACUCCCUCGAGGGUCUCCAGCAUCACUCGCUGUACUACUUACAAGGCAUCUCGUAUUGUACGCACAGCAACUACACUAUGACUGACAACCACAACAACAACAUCAGUCAAAAACCCGAAGCCUUCACUGAGUCAGCAGCAGCAGCCCCCCCGGGCUUUCCUCCAGCUGUUGGGUCUGAGGAGCAGUCAAGACUAGUCGUCCCUGGUAUUCGCCAGGUCGGGCCAGGAGGGGAGGGGACCACCAACAACGACAGUGCCCCCGAGCCUUGGGAUGUGAGCCCAGCUGGGGAGUAUACAGUCCAGCAGAGGAAGCUGCGAGAGCUCAUACCUAAGACCCCCAGCCCCAGCUACUCCUACGACGUGAACUUUGGCCAGGCUCAAGCAGUUAAGGAUGGUCAGCAACCAGCCCCGAUAAUGCCGAGGUUCUUCCCAUUCAUGGCCCCUCCACCUCAAGCGUCGGACGGUGGGGCCACUCAGGCAACCAAGGCCUCCUAGGCACUACUGGGAUGUACUUCUCCCAACCUGGGUAUCAACAACAACAAGGAGGAGGAGGAGCCGCUGCUGCUACUACUACUGCCGCGCCCUCCAGUGCAGUAUGGAAUCUCCCGAUUAAGACUACCCCUCAGGUCCCCGGACCAGACCAGCAAGUCCGCG